AUGUCCUCCAAGAGUUGGGGGAUACCGGAGUUGGCGUUGCGAGUGGAAGCGGCGGCCCAGAAGUUCUUCUACAGGAUCGGGUUGUUCAUCGCCGAUUACCCAUGGUGGUGUUUGAUCGUGAGGUGAGGGCACUCCCUUUUUUGACCAUUCCAGACGUCUUUUGAGUGCCGUAAAAGUUUUAGUGGCAGUAAAUUACGAUUUGUCGAUUUGAGGAAUUUAAAAUUUUUGUUUGUUUUUAAAACCAAUUUUCUUAAUUUUUCUGUUUUACAAAAUGUAGCACAGUAAUUAUUUUAAUAAAAUAAAAUUCGCAAACUAAGAUUUUUUGAGUCUUCGGGAAUUUCUUCUGCGAAAUUCUACAUUACGUUCAAAAUAAAAAAUAAUUUUUACCGCCACAAUAACUGCAAACUAAAAAAUUAAUUUUUCCGGCUAAUUUUUUUCUAAAAUUUCUGCAUAACGCGAUUUAAAAAAUCCACAAGCUAUUAUGUUCAAUAAUUUUUCUCGCACUUUUCGUUCCUGUUCCACAAUAACCUGUGUAUUUUCAGUACAAUCGCCGCCUUCCUGCUCAGUGUGGGAGUCAUCAAUUUCAAAGAGGUCAAUGAUGUUAGAGAUCACUUCAGCGCCGACAAUUCGCCCAGUCGAUUUGAGUUCAAAGUGGCCCUGGAGUUCUUCAAAGAGCUUGGCCAACCAUUCCACGUCAUUGUGGCCAUGUUGGCGACGGACCGAGGCUCUAUUUUAAGGCCGGGGUAAGAAAACUUGCUCAGGGAAAGCCAGCCUUACAAAUUUUCAUUAUAUUUCUGUAUCUUAAUCUCAUUUUUACACUCUAAUCAAACGUUUUAGAUACAUUGAUCGAGCCUUGGAAAUCGAAGAAUAUCUUCAAUAUAAACUCCGAGUAGAGCAUGAAGGUCGCUAUUACACGUAUUCUGACUUUUGCGGAGCUCAAUGUGAGACGAGUGAUGCCGUCAGUAUCUUCUUGAACAUGUACAGAGAUGUUCAACAUCGAGGAAAAGCAAACGUCAAGCUGACUUUCCCAACAAUGGAUGUUUUCGGGCAUAGAGUUUAUCUGGCGAACAAUAUCUUCAAGGUUCAGUUGAAUAAUCGGUAAGAAUGGGCGAUGUUGUGGGUUAGGGAAAGGCUUGACACUUUUGAGUCAAGUGUUUCAUAUAUUAAUAUAUUAUAUUUUGAUCAUCAUUCUGUAUAAUCUUCUUGUGGCUUCGAAACUUUAUAAUAAUUUUUACACUCCUUUAUUUCCAGAUCGCACCUCAUCGAAGGCGCCGGUCUCAUCACAAUCAAUUUCCACGCCAUUUGGGGCAAUGACACAAUCCACGAAGUCAUGUCCAAAUGGGAGCAUGCAGUUCUCGACUACUGUCUCAAAACUCACAAUGAUUCGUUGAUCCAGCUCCACACAACCUCUGAAGGUCUGAUGUCCGAAGAGGUGCGUCGAACUGGAAUCAAGGCCCUUCCUUUGAUGAGCGUCACCUUCUUUGUCAUCUUGAUCUUUACCGUUGUGACGUCGUUGAAGCGGGAUCCGGUUAGGAGCAAGCCUUGGGAAGCGUUUGCGGGUGUCAUCUGCCCCAUUCUGUCGUUGUGCGCAUCGUUUGGACUGCUGUUUUGGGUGAGUUUCCUGAAACGAAAAACUGAAAAUGUGGACCUGCACAUGAAAAUAAAUGUUAUAGGUCUUCUGGAAAACCAUAAUGAUAUACAAAUUUUACUUUUUAGCUUGGAGUUGAAUUCCUUCCAAUCGUAACCGUUGUUCCAUUCCUCAUCUUGGCCAUUGGGGUCGACGAUGUUUUUAUUUUCCUCCACUCCUGGCAUCGGACUGAUCCCGAGCUUCCAUUGCGAGAGCGAGUUGCUACCAUGUUGGCUGAUGCCGGCCCAUCCAUUUCGAUUACUUCUUUGACCAAUCUGCUCAGUUUUGGAAUUGGAAUUGGAACUCCAACUCCGGCUAUUCGAGUGAGUGCCAUUUGGAUUUUGUUAUGUCGCAAUCUGGUGCAAAUCUGGAUUUUUUUAAAUUUUUUAAUUUUAUAGGUAUUUUAUAGGUAUUCUUGUUAGCAACGAGUAGUAUAAAAGUGAUUUUCUUGGAGCAAAAGCUAUAGAGAGAAACAUUUUCUGGUUUUCCGGCACUUUUCGUUUUGUGUACCUCUCAAAAAAACUUCUUUGCAUGUGUAUUUCGUAGGACCAAGAGACGUAUUUUAAAAAUUAACCCGUUUUUUCAGGUUUUCUGUCUUUUCACCACCGUCGCCGUGAUCUUUGAUUAUCUAUACCAAGUGAUCUUCUACUCGGCGAUCAUCAUGAUCGGUGGAAUCCGCGAAGACCGUAAACUGAACGCAUAUGUUCCCUGCAUCAAGGUGCCGGAUCAUCGUCGUAUUGCCCGCGAGUCUUCGUUGGAAGAUAAGCCGCAUUGGAGAAGAACUUUGGAUGCCUUUGGCUCCAGAUUUGUCGACAAUUGGGUCGAUUUCUCAAUGAGUUGGACCGCCAGAAUUGGGCUGACCUUGGUGUUGGCUGGUUAUUGGGCCGUUUCCAUUUAUGGAGUGUUCCAAUUACAAGUUGGAUUGUCUUCGGAAAAGCUGUUCUUGGAUGACUCCCCGUUGCUGGAGUUGGUCCGGCUUCAGACUAAUAUCAUCUUCAAGGAGGGAGGACAGGUAAAUUGUCGUAAAUAACCGCCUAAAAAGUGGUAUAAUUUUAUAGUUUCGCUCUAACAUCACUGUUAGAAAACGCAUUACCAAAAAAAGUUUUUUUACUCAUAACUUGUUUUCAGAUGGCCGUAUUCAUCAACACACCCGGCGACCUCCGGGAACCCGACAAAAUCCCUAAAAUUAUGAGGAUAUUAGAGCAUUUCGAACGCGCUGAAGGAAGUGUUGGCCCAUCUUCAACCCAGAUGUGGCUGAAUACUUAUUUGCCAUUCAUUGGCCUUCAGAAUCACGGAUCCAUCGACUUCAACUACAAGUACCUGCCAGAGUUCUUCAGCCUUCAAGAAUACCACAGAUGGAGUCAUUUUGUCAACUUGGGAAGUGAUCAGUAAGUCAUUAUUGGGUUGUAAAAGUGUGAAAAAAACUCUCCAAGUGUAUAAUAGAGAUGGAUAUAUAAUUUAGAGGGAUUAGAAGAUCAAUGAUGACUUUGAUUUUUCAGAGAUUGCGCUGAGGAAAGGCCCACUUGCAUCAACAAAUUCUUCUUUUCCACUGGUUUCCACAACGCCGUCACAUGGAGAGAUCGCUUCGUUCUGUUGCAGAAUUGGAGAUCGAUUGCAAUGGAAUACCAGGAAUUUAAUCUUACGGUCUAUGAAGACUUCAGUAUGUAUGCCGACCAGGUAAAUAAAAACAUAGCAGUAAAAUAUAUAAUGCUAAAAUUAUAAAUGUAAAAAGUCUUUCAAAUUUUUCGAUCUUUCAUGUUGCUUUUUUCAGCUUCUCACCAUCCCUCCAGUGACCGUCCAGACGGUUGGGUUCGCUCUCUUCUGUAUGAUCGUGGUCCUCAUUCUUUUCACCCCCAAUUUAUCGACUGUUAUCCCCGGAGUUGGCAGUGUGUUAUCGAUUAAUGCUGGAGUUUUCGGGCUCAUCUUUUAUUGGGGAAUUGAUUUGGAUCCAAUUUCAAUGGCUUCGACGUUGAUGGCCAUCGGAUUCUCGGUUGAUUUCGUGGCUCAUAUCACCUUCCAUUAUUACAAAGGUGAAAUCGCGGUAAGUUUUUUCGUAUUUUACAAUUGUUUAAAAAAUGUCUCUGAACGUCUUCAAGAUUAAAAUUGAUAACUUUGAAGCAAUAAAGACCUUUUUUGACAACAACUUUUCUUUUAGGACAAGCGAGAGCGUCUCCGCCACGCCCUAGUCUCGAUUGCCUGGCCCAUGGUCCAAGCUGGAUCCUCCACUGUCCUAUCUCUACUCGUCUUGGCCACAAUUCAUGCCUAUAUGGUCCAAGUGUUCGUCAAAGUGGUUACAUUGGUUGUUUGCCUCGGUCUUCUCCAUGGUUUAAUUGUACUGCCAAUUAUUUUCGCAUGGAUUCCAUUCAACAAGUUCAAUGGGAAUCACGAAGUCGCGGCUAAAAUCUUGCGAAGAAAAUCGUCUGUAGCACCAACGAAAAUCGCGAUCCGACCCGUCGAACCAGAGGCCCAGCCACCGCUAGCAUUUCUGGAGUCACUGAAGAAAAAAGAAAUCGAUGUGGAGGAAAAUAAGCCCAGGAAAGAUCAGGGAAGAGGAUAA